UUGACGUUAGCAACCGGGUAGAAUGCGUUGUUAGUUGUUUCGCCACGUGUAUUAUAUAAAUAUAGUGAUUUUUUUUAUCAAAUGAAGUAAAAUUAAAAUGCAUAGCUGUCUGCAGUGUGAUAUAACGUUUUUUGUCCAUGGCCUUCCCGAAGAUAAUACGUCGCCGCCGAUUCAAUACACUUAAAAUAGCUCUUGUUGCUUUUGCAGUUAUAGGAGUAUUAUUUUGGUUCUACCAAGUGCAAAAUGUGAUUGGUGAUGCAUCUCCAAAUAUACAUCAUUCAGAUGUUCUCCCUAGAAUUGCUGAUAAAAAUGCGUAUAAACAGGUCAAUUCCAAAGAAGCAAAUAAAAAUCACAUAAAUUUUUAUUCUGUGUUUAAAAAACAUGAGAAAAAUGUUAGUGUCUUCCGGAAUCCUGCUUUGCUUCAUAAGUUACAAGCUGAGGCUUCAAACAUUAUCCUCAAAAACUUUAAAAAGAAAUCAUCUGUUAUAGCAUAUAGUCCAGCGUUUAAUGAUAAAAAGAGCUUUAUUAAAAGUUAUAACAAUUAUUCUUUACCAUUCAUGAGAGUAACUCCUGGAUUAGGUGAAAAUGGUGUUCCUGUUCAUUUAUCACCCGAAGAACAGAAAUUAGCAGACAAGUUAUUUAAUGAAGCCGCCUUUAAUGUCUAUUUAAGUGAUAGAAUAUCUCCCAAUAGAAGUGUUCCUGAUCCAAGGAAUCCAAAAUGUAAAUAUGUAAAAUAUGAUGCAAAGGAUUUGCCUACUGCUAGUGUAGUGAUAAUUUUUACCAAUGAAGUCUGGUCGGCCCUUUUACGAACCAUUCAUAGUGUUGUAAAUCGUUCUCCUCCCCAUCUUCUUCAUGAAAUAAUUUUGGUAGAUGAUUACAGUGAUAAGGAUGAAAUAAAAAUUCACUUAAAGCAGUAUAUCCAGCAGCAUUUCAAACAGGACUUUAUUAAAUUAAUUCAUUUAAAUAAAAGACAAGGAUUAAUACGAGCUCGCUUAGCUGGAGCAAAAAUUGCCACUGGAGAUGUUUUAAUCUUUCUAGAUUCUCACUGUGAGGCAAAUGUUCAUUGGUUAGAACCUCUUCUUCAACGAAUCAAAGAAAAAAGAGAUGCUGUACUUUGUCCUAUUAUUGAUGUGAUUGAUGAUAAGACGUUAGAAUAUUUUGCUACUAAUUUAGAAUAUUUUCAAAUUGGUGGAUUCACUUGGAAUGGACAUUUUACGUGGAUUGAGAUUCCUGAAUGGGAAGAAAAACGUAGAAAAUCAGAAAUUGCACCAACUAGAACUCCAACUAUGGCUGGAGGUUUAUUUGCUAUUGACAGAAACUAUUUUUGGGAAAUUGGUAGUUACGAUUCAGGAAUGGAUAUUUGGGGAGGAGAAAAUUUAGAAAUGUCUUUUAGAGUUUGGAUGUGUGGUGGGAUAUUAGAGAUAGUGCCUUGUUCUCAUGUUGGUCAUAUAUUUCGCAGCUUUCAUCCUUAUACAUUUCCAGGAAAUAAAGACACACAUGGAAUUAAUACUGUCCGCACUGUAGAAGUGUGGAUGGAUGAUUAUAAAAAGUACUUUUACUAUCAUCGACCAGAUUUGAAAAACAUAGACUUUGGCGAUAUAUCAGAAAGAAUGCUUCUGAAGCAGAGAUUAAAAUGCAAAUCUUUCAGAUGGUAUUUAGAAGAAGUUUAUCCACAAAAGUUUAUCUUUCAUAAAGAUGUACAUGCAUAUGGAAUGUUAAAAAAUCCUAUAACAGGCUUAUGCCUUGAUUCUUUGAAUCAAGAUGAAGAUAAGAAUGAGCCUAUUGGCUAUUAUCAAUGCAAAAGUCAUUCUGGUAUAGUUAUAAAUCAGCUGAUAUCAUACACGGAAGCAGGAGAACUUAGAAAAGAAGAUAAUUGUGCAGAAGUGAAUGAAGAGGGCAUGAAAUCAGAACUUCCUAUAAUUAUGACAAAGUGUCAUUCUAAAGGAGAUAAUCAGCUGUGGGCUCAUCAGAUGGGUGGAGUUGUUUUUCAUGUUAAGUCUGGGAAGUGCCUUGAUGCUAAUAAUAAAAAAUCUCAUGAUGAUGCAGUUGUCACUGAAUGUCAUGGUGGCCAUUCUCAAGUCUGGUGGUUUGAGCAUUAUGUGCAUCCUGAGAUUAAGGUUGAAUAUCAUUAAUACUUAAAGUGAGACAGUAAAAUGAUAGAUUACUAAUAAAGUUUUAAACCAUUAGAUAAUACCACUGUUGUCAUAUGUGAAUGACAAAAAAUAUUUUUGUGAGGUGAUAAUACAUCAUUGUUACACUUUUGUGCCUUAAUGUGAUGUUUGAAAUGAAAAGCAGUAUAGUAUUCUAAGGAACAUCAUUGUAUUUUGGGAGUGGAAUGUGUGGAAAGUCUUUUUUAUUGCAUUAUAGGUUUCCAAUUUCAACAAGGCAAUAAAUUUCCUCUGUGAUCAUUUUUAAUAUAAAAUAAUUGCUUAUAAUACUAAAGUAAAUGAUUAAUUUAUUAAACAAUUUUAAAUGAAUGUAAUAUAUAGUUCUAAAAUCUUAAUAACAAAAUUAUUUUUCUUUAUUUUUAUUACACAAAUUAUUUUUUUAAUUUUAAUUACCCUUUUUUUAGAUUUUUUUGGUGGAGAAGGGAAAUUAUUUUAUAUGAUCUAAGAAUUCAUAGACAUACCUAGAUGCAUUGUUAUAUAAUAUGUAUCACCAAAUAUAAUUUAUGACAUAAUUAUGUUGCACAUUAGGAAAAGAAAUUAAUCAAUUUUAAAAAUAUACUUUAAUACUUAAAGCAGUACAGGAGUAUAUCAGUUUAAGACUAAUGUUUUCUCUGUUUAGAAAAAUUGGUGUUGAAAUGUUCCAAUAUAAGAUUAUGUUGACACAAAUUUUACAAUAUUGUAAUUGUAUAUAAAAUACAUUAUUUUAAUUCAGCCAAUAAUUUUAUACAUUCUUAAAUAUUAUAUAUUAUCCAUUUACUAUGAAGUAUAAUUAUUAAUUGAGAUAUAUAUAUAUAUGUAAACAAAAUUGAAUGUAUUUGUAUUAUGUAAAGUGAUAAAUAUGACUGCUAUUACAAAUAGCAUUAGCAUUUAUUGUUACUAAAGCUUUGAGCCUACUACUUAAAUAUAUGUGCAAAAUAAAGCAUUUUUGGUAUUACAGUUUAAAUGAACAAAAAUUAAUAAUUAAAAUAAAUAUUUUUCCAUCAAACUUUGAGUAGUUAAAAUCUGUACUAGCUAAUUUGGAAAUUAAUAAAUUUCAAGCUACUUAUUUAAAGUAACUAAACUUUUCUUGGGUAUUAUAAAAUGUUUGCAUAAAAAUAGAGAAAAGCUUCUAAACAUUCUGUUAAUAAAACUGAAUUUGCCUUUUGCUAUUGAAGGUUAUGCACAGCUACCAGUUCUCUUGGUUUUUCAUCACAUCUCAUAUUUUUUAAUUUUUGGCUUUUUAUAAACAAAGGGAAAUAUUUCCCAUCAAUAAAAUGUUUAUUACAUUUUAUUCCUCUUUGUGUUAUUAAGUUUCAUUUGUUCUAACUUGCCUUAAUGUAUUGUAGAUUUUUAUAUGAAGAUUUAAGCAAUGUUUAAUCAGUUAAUAUUUGUAUUUAAUUUUGUUUACUUCAAUGUGUGGGGCAUUACUAAGUUUAUAUCACUCAUAGUAUGUACAUUAAUUAUCAUAUAUUAAUUUUAUUUUUAUAGCAUUUAAAACACUAAAAGUUUAAGAAAAUUAAAAAAUGAAAUUAGCCAAAGAACAGAAAACUUAGAGCAUUCAAUUAAAUGCUAAUAUAUUUUACACUAGGAAUGAUUUACAAAUAGUUUAGUAAUCUGAACCAUGCAUUGAAGUCAGUUUGGAGUUCCUUUGAAAGAGUAUUGCUAUGUGAUAUCUUCUGGUUUAUCAUGGUUUUCUCACAAAAAUCACCUGUUUUUAAAAUUUCAGUGUUGGCAGCUAUGGUUAUGUAAGCACGUAAUUACUUUCAUAACCCUAGAUACAGUUCAAAAUAACAACAUUGGGAUUAUAAUUAUGGUCUUCUAGUUUUUUUUAUCAAAUUCAUUAUUAUUAUAUAAAAGUCAUAAUUAAUCUUUUAACCACAGAAUGUUAGUCCAAAGCAACAGCUGUGGAGCAAAGGUUGUGCUUUUUAAAUUUAUAAUCAAAACAGCUCUGAGCAAGCUGUAUUAUUAAAGACAAAAUCUCAGGUCACAUAAUCAGGCAUCCCACUCCUUAUAAAUGCAUAAACCAAUUUCUGAAAACUAUACAAGUAUUCCCGGUGAUUGUCAUUCAUUUUUUCUUUCCUUACUUAAGCUUUUGCAAUUCUGCAUUCUCUAUUUAAUGUGAUAUUUGUAAAUCAAUCUUUUUUUCCCUUGUCUAUUUUAGUAUUCUUCCCCCCUUUUUAGUUGGAACUAGUGAUCAUGUUUGCUUUUAAGUAUAUGUUAUUUUUUAUUUGAAAUGUUUUAUUUUAAACAUUGCUUUGUAUUCUUUGUUAUAAAAUACAGUGAUGUACAGCCUGGUUGUACUAGUAUUAUUAUUAAAUAUAUCCAGUUGUGUAACGAAGAAAAUUUGGUACUUUCCGUUUUGUAAUAUUCCUCAGAAAAGCUUUAAUGUCAAAUUGCAAAACAUCAUUACAUGUGGUUAUGAGUAAAGAGGAAUAGCAAUAAACUACAAGUGGCAUCUUUCUUAUAUGAUACUGCUAAUAGAAAAGUACUAGAAGUUUUGCUAAUUGCAUUAAUAUGUUUUGGCUGUUUUAAAUUAUUUCAUUUUAACAAAUUUUAAUUUGAUUACUUGCAUUUAAAAAUAUGUAAUUACCAUGACUCUUUUGUGCAUCACUGUUUAAUCAAAUUUUCAUAAAUAAAAGGCUGGAAAUUUGGUAUGCAUGAAA